AUGGAUUUAAGUAUAUUUAAUAAAUUGGAUGUAAAAGACAUUACAUUAAAGGAUACAAUUAUUUCGCUAUUACAAGACAUUCAGGAUAUUGAUGAUGCUUAUAUGCAGCGCCUUGUAGACCUUAAAGAUCGGAUGUACACAAAAUGGCAUCAACCCUGGUAUCAGAAAACUACCUCCUUAACAAGAAAAUUGAAACAAGAUGAGGAUCAACCUGACAAAUUUCGGACAGAUAAAAUAACCACAGCUGAAUGUAAAUAUAUUGAUAAAAACUGGGCAAAAUUUAUCAAGAAAUUUAAUGUGCCAGAUCAACCAAUAAGUUUAGCAAGAUGGCGUAAUCGAGGCAAAAUCAGUAAAAGAUCGAGCCCAGAAGAGUAUGUGAGACGUUUUGUUAUUUCAUUUCUUGCAAGACAUUUAGAAAGAAAUCUAAAUCAGGUGUAUCUGUACUUUGUUGCACAUUAUGGUGCACCCAACAAAGGGCCCUACACAAGUCUUGAACUAAAAGUUAUUGCAGCAUGCUACUAUCAUUUUCCUAAAGAUGCAAUACAAUAUGCAUCCCAAAUAUUAGGUAGAGAGGCAAGAGGCAUACACAUGCGGAUUAAAGAAAAUAUUCAAGAAGCACCUCAGCACUAUACAAGAACAAAAUGGACAUUGGAAAGCGCAUCAAACUUAGUAAAACUCCUUAUGGAAUAUACAAACCUGUCCCUUGAAGAGCUAAAAUAUCAGAAGAUAGAGAAAUCAAUUUGGAGUAAACUGGAAUCAGACUUUAAUAAAAGUGCAAAAACUAUGGAGAAAUUUUGGUGGUAUUACCUACACACUCAAAUAUUUGUUAAGACAGAUAUCAAAAUACAAAACCUGAGGGAGAAAAUUGUAAAAUUGAUUAGAGCAUAUCAACCUGAAGUGUGGACAGAUAUCCGGUGGAAAGACUUUCUUGAACACUUACCUGAUGGUAUAACAGCAGGCUUUAUAUACAAUAUAUCUGUUAAAGUAGCUCAACUGUACAAAAAUUACUUAAGUGCGCCUUUAGAUGAUGUUCUUGAUUUUGUUAUCCAGAAAAUUAAACAAUAUCCCAAUAAAAGAUUAAAAACGUUAACUUUAAAUGAUCAAGGCAUGUUGGAAUUUAUUCAUUAUAAGAAAUGA